AUGGACGACAGUGCAUUCAACAAGAUAAACGAAGGGCUCGACUCUUUCAUUCCCUUGAUUCCAGACGUUGUGCUGGACUACUGCUUCACCAAGGCGGGCCUGACCACCGACGACCCCAAGAUAAAGAAGCUUGUCUCGCUCAUAGCGCAGAAGCUCAUAACAGACGUCGCCACAUGCGCGUACCAAUACCACAAAAUUGCAAAGCGCGCGUCGCUCAAGGAGAAGAAGGCGCCAAAGGAGAAAAAGCUCACGCUCACGCUCACUGACGUGGAGAACGCGCUUAAGGAGUGCGGGGUCAGCAUCUCCCGGCCCUCGUACUUCUUCUAA